AUGGAAAUAGCUAUAUAUGAGGAAAAAAUUUUUGAAGAAAUUGCGAUAAAAAUUUUAGAAAUAUUAGAAAUAGUAGAAGCAUUGACAAAGGAUCAUUUAAUAGAAAUUUUACCUGAAGAUAUUAUUGAUGUGUUUAGCAGAUUAAAUACUGAUAAAAUUCAAAAAAAUAGGUAUAAUAAACUUAUAUUACAAAGGAGUACAAAGAAAGUAAAGUUAUAUGAGGAGACACUACCAAGAAUUUUAGUUUCCAAAGAAAUAGCACAAAUCGCUUUAAAUAAUCUGGUCUGCAAAAAUCUAGUAAAGCAAGAAAUAUGA